UGGUGACAGUUGACAUCUCAGAGUGAAAUUUGUCAAAUAAUGUUGCGAACCAAAUAAACAGGAUAAAAUUAAAAUUUGUUUCCAUUAAGAAAUUGGAUAGACAUACCUAUUUUUUUUAAUGACCAGUGUUGUAAAUACUGCUGAAACACAUGAUACUAUAAGUAUUAUCGGAUAUUGUGAUUUUUUUUCCAUUGGAAAGCUGUCGUGUUUAAAUUGUUCUAUACAACUUGAACUUAUCCUCUUUUCAAUUUAAGAAUCGUGGUCUUUACAAAAUAGAAAGUGUAUUGAUUCAAUAUGAAGUAUGAAGAGACAGUCCUUCAGCGAGAAUGGGAGAGCAAUAAAGACCAGCCAUAUACAGACACGGCAAUCGACGAUGUGACACCAUCAGACGCAGCGUUAGGUGCAUUAUUGGAAGACGCCGAGCCGGCGGAUGCCGACGCCGAGCACCGCGUGCGUCGUCUUGGCAGCCGGCUGGCGAGACUUGACGCGCUCAACGUGGGCGGCAUGCUCGCCGCAGCCACCGAGAGCGGCGGCGCCGGCGCGGCUCUGGCUGCCCGCCUUGAGGCCGCACUGGGCGCCGGAGCGUCACUAGCGCAACGGCUGCGUCGAUACGAUUCCUUAGCUCGCGCCGCGCCGGCUGCACCACACGCGCGCUCCGACGCCGCUCGUGCUGAUGCUAAUGCACGCUCGUUGCUUGCAGAGCUGUCGGAACUGUAUAGCUGGCUUGAUGCCGAACCUCUGAGAGACCUAGAUUCCUUGGCUGAGGUAUCGCUAACAUCGGUAGAGGGUCGAGCGCGGGCGUUGGCGGCGGGAGAAGCGUUGCGAGGCGCAUUGCGAGCAGAGGCCUCCGCACCCGCUUCGCGCCGUCGCCUUGCCGCUGUGCGAGAACGAUUACGCCGCUUGACACGCGCGCGUGACCAGCUAGCAGCGGCGCUGGCGCGACACCUGAAUAACGCUUUGAUACACCUUGGCAACGAAGCGGCGCAUGAAUCAAGGCCGCACCGACAUCAUGCCGAGCUCAUGCCUUAUGCACCUUUCAUGCGCUGGCUGAAAGAUAUGGAUGAGAAGGCUUUUGAGGCGCUCGCGAAGGUAUACGUUAGCACGUGGGCUCGAGUGUAUGAACGUGAGGUGCGCAGUGCAUGUGAAACGGCCCGUGCAGCAUUUGCAACUGCGCCGCCCGACCGUUCUGAUGAGCCACUGGAUAAUGUGCUGAGCUUGGUCGAGAACUUGUGUAAUGCAGAGCAAGACUUUUGUACUCAAUUCUUCUUCUUGGAUAUAGAUGUGAAGGCAGAGAGCGGGGACGGGGAGCGCAGCGAGGGCGAGCGCGGCGAGGCCCGCGCGCGCGCCGCCUCCGAGACACGCCGCUUCAUGUCCGAGCUGUUCCCGUCGCUCGAGACCGACCUGGUGGCGCUUGUUUCGCACGUGGAACGCCAUGACCCCUAUGGCGCUAUGCGUGCGCUAGCCUGCGUGGGGCGGCGCGUGCUAGGCGCGGCGGAGGCGGGGGGCGCAGGCGGGGGCGCAGGCGGGGGCGCGGGCGGGGGCGCGGGCGAGGCGCGGUGGGCGCGUGCGGCGCUGGCGGGUGUGGCCGUGGCCGCCAAGCGAGGCGCCGACCGCAGCGUGGCCGAGCGACUCGCGGCUUUGCCCGAUGCUGUUAAACAGGCCGCUAAGAAACCGAAAUGUGGACUGCUGAGUUUCGUGCAGGAGUUAGAGGCGUUGAGCAGCGCGUGCGAGGGUAUCUUCGCGGCCAGCGGGCGGCGCGCCGACCUGGACCGCUGGUACCUGUCGCUGGCGGGCGCCAUGAUGCACGCCAUCCAGCACGCCGAGCACCCGCGCACGCCGCGCGCCGUGCUGCACAUGGAGAACUACCACCGGCUGCACGGCGCGCUGUCGGCGCUGCGCGUGCCCGCGCUGGAGGCGCUGCGCCGCGAGUGCCGCGCGCGCUACUCGGACGCGCUGCGGGCCUACGUCACGCAGUACUUCGGCCGCCCGCUCGAGAAACUCACGCAGUUCUUUGAGGGCGUGUCGGAGGCGGUGGCGCAGGGCGUGCGCGAGGACGAGGUGUGCUACCGCGCCGCCUUCAGCAAGCACGAACUGCGCCGGCUGCUGGCGCUAUACCCCGCGCACGAAGUCCGCAAGUCCCUGCACCGGCUGUACCGCACGGUGGAGAAGCACCUGAGCGAGGAGGGCGGCCUGCUGCAGGUGGUGUGGCGCGCCAUGCAGGAGGAGUUCAUCGCGCAGCACGUGGCGCUGCAGGCGCGCAUCGCGGCGUGCUACCCGGCGGCGGGGCUGGCGCUGCCGCUUACCACGCAGCACAUCCUCGACGCCUUCUCCGACAUCGCGCGCGAGCACUGACGCCCGCCGCGCCGCAUCCUCACUGAUAUUAUUGUGUACAUAGAAACUACUUAGUAUUAUUAUGUGCCUCAAUGGUAGCAAAUAUGUCAAACGUGGUGCUACAUUGGCGACAUUUAUAUCAAUAAUAAAUAACGUGUAUAAUAUUUACAUUAUGUUAGUUAUUUUAUAAGUGUUUUUCCCAUUUUUUACUUUUGAGUAAAAAUGGAUUGAAGAAUAUGUAUAAAGCUUUGCGUAAAAAAUGUAAUAAAGGGCAUUUGAAAUUUCGACUGUGGCAUUCGAUGACUCCACUCUGCCUUAUAAAUUGAUCCAAAUAUAUUACUUGUCGCAUCUUGAAA